AUGCAGCUGUCUUUGACUCAACCAUGUUCCUGGGCACUCCUGCUGCUGUUAUUGUCAAACCUGCUUCUGUGGGAGAAUGUGGUCUCUGUGCCCAUGUGUGAAGUAAUAAAUGGGCAAUGCCAGCUGACUCUUGAGUACUUGCUUAAUCGGGCUCGUGGCCUAUCUGAGAACACCAAUCGCCUCACUUCAGAAAUAUUCAAUGAGUUUGAUAAAGAACACGCUCCGGUUCGAGUCUCCUGGGGAAAAAUCCCCCUGGUGUGCUACAAUUAUUCCCUCCCUGUUUCAGAUAGCACAACACAAGAACAAGAGAUUCAGCCUGAGGUCCUCUUGAAAGUGACCAUAGGUAUGUUGCUUGGCUGGAACCACACCCUAAGGCAUAUAGCAGCAGAUAUGGCUGAUCUGAAAUCAAUCCCUGGUGUUGGAGUUUUCAUAUCUAAUGUCAGAAAGAUAGCUGCAAAAUUCACAAGACUCACAAGAGUACUACAGGAAGUUAAGUCAUUGCUCAAACUGGUUCGUCUUGAACCUGAGGAAGAUGAUGACUACCCUGCUUCAACUGGAUUUCCAUCCUUACAUUUGCUCACUAAGCCAUCUCGCCUUACUGUCUAUCAUGCCGUUCUGGGCUGUGUGAAUUAUGAUGCAGAAAAAAUUGCAACUCAUGUGAAGAUCCUGAGAUGCAAAAUGAUCCACAAAAAAUGUUAA